AUGCCCCUUCCUAUCUGGCCGCAACUUGACGCUAAACCAAAACAGGGAACGCACUGGGAUCUGCAGAGUGCCCAGGCAGCCAAUAAGACUAGCGAAAUGGGAAAAAAAAAGGAGCGGGGCAACGUGACAGAUUCCGAUGGCUACACCAGCGAUUCUCCCCCAGACUCAGCAAGCCACUGGCACCCUCCCUGGGAAUUCCGGGUCGGUCGUGCGACAAUGGAAUCGCACACCUCAACCACCGCGAAUAUCCUGGAAAUUGUUUUUCUCUACGUGACACAUGCCUCGAUUCCGGCUAUCAUUCUCCUCGCGACACCCAAGCGAUCUGUGCUGCGGUAUCUCUCGAUUCCAAUCUCGGUUUACAUCACCUAUCGCGCUGUCCAUGUGGCCUCCUUGCUGGGCCCGGGAUUUGUCUGGUGUGAACUAGCGCGGCUAUUCCUAACAGUGGUGUUCCAAGCUCUCAAUCUGUUGCUUAUCAAUCCUAAGGAUGGGCAUGACCUUAAUUCUGAGGUUGCCAAUGGCUCUUUGGGGCGUGUUUACUACUCCGCUCAACUAUUCACUCAUCCUCGCGGGGUCAAUACGCCCUGGAAAAUCAAGAAUGCUCCACCACAUCCAGCCUACUACCGGCGGAAGGGUACAGUCAGUCCUCCCCGCGGCCGUUUCUUGAUACGACAAAUUUCCAUCGCUGUUUGGCAGUACUUAGUUCUGGAUUUAUUUUGCACCCUUGCGCUACAGCAAGCGCUGGAGCAGAAGAAGCAUGAAACGCUGCCACCGACUGUUCAAUGGGAUUUGACUUUCGAGCAAUGGAUCGAACGAAUCAUCUCGAAUCUAAUGGCUGGAUUCGUCGUGAGCCGGAUUCUGAUUGACUUCCAUCAUCGCGUGUUUUCGGUGAUCACCGUCUGUUUGGGGCUUGAGUCAACAUCUGAUUGCCCUCCACUAUUUGGUAGCGCUACGAGCGUGCAUAGUCUACGCACUUUUUGGGCAAAAUUCUGGCAUCAGCUCCUUCGUCGGCCUCUGACCUCCGUCAGCGCCUUCAUUACUCAGAGUCUCUUCGGCCAUGCCUCGAAAUCUUCAUUCCAGCAUUAUAUGAUCGUGUGCCUGGUUUUCUUCUUCUCAGGCGGGCUGCAUGUCGUGCUUGAUCUUGUACAAGGAAUCCCCGUCGAAGAGUCUGGAGCGAUGUUAUUUUUCGCCCUGGCUCCUCUAGGCCUUAUGAUCGAAGAUUGUAUCAGAUUAUUGUGGAAUUCACUUUCACCUCUGCGCAGUUCUGAUCAGCUGAAGGAGACAAAGACGGCCAAACCCCGAUGGCAAAAAGUACUGGGUCUGCUCUGGGCGAUGGCAUGGCUGGGUACUACCUCGACCUGGUACUUUUAUCCUCAGAUGCUUCGACCUCAGAAUCAGAAUCUCGUUCCUUUUAGCGUGGUCAGUCAAUUGGGCUUUUCAGUGGUGACCGCACUUGUUGGGAUCGGUGCUGCUGUCUUGUUUCUCGUUUUCGAGGUCGAAAUAUAA